UCAGAAGGAAGAGAGAAGGAAGUGGAGAAACUUAUCAAACACCCUAAACUGGACCCGCCACCGGACGUGCUUGAGCUCGGGCGACACUGCGUACGGUGCACUGCGCUUGCAGAGCCCACCGGCGAUUCUCCUUCUUCCGAGCUUCGAAUGCACUCUCGAAUUUGCCAAAUUGUUGAGUUCUUCUGCCAUUCUUCAGAUUUUUGGGGUUCGAGUUGUAAUGUUAUUGGAAAAUCAUAGUGCUGCAUUUCCUCAAAUCUCCAGAAGCUAAACAGAGGGAAAUAUGGUACCUAAGCAACGAGUGCUACCAAAAUUCCCUUGCAAAGUGGAGGCAGAACUAGAUAAAAUCAGCAGCCUACCAGGGCACAUUAUAGAUAAUAUUUUGUCUCAUUUGCCUAUUAAGGAUGCAGUGAGGACAAGUGUUUUAUCAAGGAAAUGGAGGUAUAGAUGGGCUACGGUUCCAAGUCUUGUGUUUGAUACCCAGUGUUUUUCAGUCUCUUCCCAAGAUCCAGUUCUGAUCAAGAACAAGCUUGUUAGCAUUAUUGACCAUGUCCUUCUACUUCACAAUGGUCCCUUGCAGAAGUUCAAACUCUCUCACCGAGAUCUUCUAGGCGUUGCUGACAUUGACAAAUGGAUUCUUGUUAUAUCAAGAAGCUUUAUCAAGGAAUUCAUACUUGAAAUUUGGAAAGGACAGCGCUACCGGCCACCUUCUUCUCUAUUUAAUUGCCAGAAUUUGAUUCAUUUGGAGCUAUUUAAUUGCUUGCUAAAACCUCCAGAGUCAAUCAAAGGCUUCAGAAAUUUGAAAAGCCUUGAUCUGCAGCACAUUACCAUCACCCAGGAUGUGUUUGAAAAUCUAAUUUCUAGUUGCCCUUUGCUUGAGAGGUUAACUUUGAUGAACUUUGAUGGCUUCAUGGAUCUCAACAUUGAUGCACCAAAUCUGCAAUUCUUUGAUGUUGGAGGUGUUUUUCGUGAUGUUAGUUUUAAGAACACCUUUAGUUUAGCUUUAAUUUCCAUUGGUUUGUAUGUGAGUAUCAAUGAUGUGGAUGAGCAACGCAAGGCAGGUGAAAAUUCUAGUAAACUACUCAGAUUCUUCGCUAAUCUGCCUCACAUUCGACGGCUGGAGAUUCAGAGCUACUUUUUGAAGGUAAUUUUUCUGGUGGCAUCAUAAUUAGUGAACUUCAUUUUUUUUUCUCCCAUCUCGGCUAUAGGAACGUUUGGUAGUAUGUUCCUUUGACAAAAUAAGUUGUGCAUUUCUUUUGUGAUUUUGAUGAUUCUCUGUUUUGUACUUGGAAUCUUUAUAUUUCUUAAAUUAAAAUUAACUUCACGUC